UCAACGGAGCUGUGUCGACCUCAUGCCGGUGCUGCAAAAUGGGCUAGACCUUUCUCCUGUUUUAUAUCUUUGAUAUAUAUAUCUCUAUAUAUAGAUAUAUAUAUUUCGGGACAUAUUUUUUCUUGUUUUUACGUUCCUUCACCAUGCCCAGUGACAGUCUCCGUUGGGAAACGUUACAGGCUCUAAAAAACUCGCCAAAGGGAAAGAUCACAUUCAACCCGUAUUGGUCGUCGAGAGGUGAGGACAUUUUGUCAUGUUAUCAAGACUCGCUCAGCUUGUCACCCCAGUCCGGAGCCAUACUGCAGCACCUCAACCUGCAGUCCCCACAGAAGGCUGUUAGUUCGAAUUGUAGCUCUGGUCCGACCAGUCCUGGUCUCACCUCCACUUCUUCCACUGAUUCGAGCCGUGAUGCUGCAGUCAAGAACAACACGGUCACUGUAACACUGUCAAAAGCUGAGAAAGAACAGAUUCAUAACAGAAACGAGCAGGAUCCGGAGAAGGAUGUCGAUGAAAUCACCAGUUCCUUGUCCUCACCAACGAUCUCCCUGCUCUCUCCUGAAGCCAUGGCGAUGGCCGGACAGAUUGCCAUGUCUGAAGAAGAGCAACGUAAAAAGGCGAAGAUGGCGUUCAGGUUGCGUCAGGAGAUGCAGGAGAAGCUGGUGAUGGCGGUGGCGAGCACUGAGUCGGAGCAGCUGAAACGCUUUGAGGAGCUCAUGGAGUUGAAACAGAGACAGGAGUACCAGAGCAUGCGGGAUAUGAUGGACAGAGAAGCAAAAGAGAGCAUUGGCCGUCAAGAGAAGCUGAAGGAAGAGCAACGCCACAGAUUGAAGAUCCAGAAUCUCCGUCUGAGAGAGGUGGAGCAGCAGCGCCUGAGGGAGGCAGAGCUGGAGAGACAGCGGCUGGUUGAAGGCGAAGAGAGGCUGCGGAACCUCAACUCCAUUCAGGAGGAGAUCCUGCAGCUCAACCAGUUGCUGGAGCCCUCGACCCAGACUCAAACCACUGUCCUAUCAGCAUCUAUUGGCACCUACAGUACCCGUGGGAACCAGCUGUGCUCCCAGGUGUCCGAGGUUGUUCGCAAGACAGCAGAGGGACAGUAUCCCAGCAUGGAAGACAUGACUGUGGCGGAGCGGGCCCUACAUGAAAUGAGGACUCAAAUUCGCUUGAUGCAGGAAGAGGCAGCAAAAGCUCAGGAGGAGGAGAAGAAGAAAGAGUUGGCAGAGUCCCGCCGGAAGCUGGAGGAGCUGAAGACGCAGCAGGAAGCACAAACAAAGGCGGAGCAGGCGGCUAAAGAGCGGGCGCAAAAGCAAGGGCUGCAGAACAAUGCAGAAGACACCACGUUGAAAUGGUACAAGGAAUUGCAGGAGUCGCUUACUCAGUGCGCUCAGUCCAUUGAACAACUCAGCUCAUCAAAAGAUGUCCAGACAAAGAGACUUAAGUUGGAGCUCCAGAAAGCCGCAACUAUACCAAUCAGUCAAAUCUCCGCCAAUUCUGGAUCUCGACUUCGAGAAAUCUUUGAAAGGCUCGACAAGCUGCUGUCCGGACAGGCGGUGGUGUCGGCUGGAAAGUCAAUUUCCACCUCUCAUCACCCACAGGGCUUGGACUUUGUGUUUUACAAAGUGGCUGAGAAGUUUGUGAAACAAGGUGAGGAAGAGGUGGCAUCGCAUCAUGAAGCCGCCUUCCCCAUCGGUGUGACGGCCUCAGGUACUUGGCAGCUGCACCCCCGAUUUGGUGACCUCCUCCUUGGCCACCUACACAAAAAAUGUCCUUAUGCGGUUCCACAUUAUCCUCGAAUGAAGGAUGGCACACCUGUGGAUGAAUAUCAGAGAAUUCUUGGUUACCGUGUGGAUGACUCUGGUGUUGAAGGCCAAGACAGUUUCAUGAAAAGGAUGUCAGGCAUGAUCCGCCUCUAUGCUGCCAUCAUCCAACUGAAGUGGCCAUUUGACUCAAAGCAUGGGUUGCCAACUCACGGGCUGAAUCAUGGUUGGCGCUGGUUGGCUCAGAUGCUCAACAUGGAGCCUAUAGCCGACAUCACUGCGACGCUACUGUUUGACUUUCUCGAGGUUUGCGGUCACGCUUUGUUAAAAAGCUAUCAGGGUCAGUUCUGGAAAGUCCUCCUGCUUCUGAAAGAGCAAUACUUACCCAGGAUUGAAGCUGUGACCAGCAGUGGACAAAUGGGCUCUGUCUCUAGACUGAAACUAUUCCUUGAGAAAUUGCUGCGAGAGCGGCAGCUCAGUCCACCUAAAGGAGAGCUGACAUCCAUCUUCUGGAGGUCAUGAGGUUGUGGGAGAGUACAUUGACACUGGAAGAAGCUGAGGCAAAGAUGAAAAAUGUCACAGCAUCAAAGUCAAUUGAUACGAGCAUUGCAGGACAGUGUACUUUGGACUGAAAUCAUAUGCCGUCUCUUACCGUCCUUUGCCUUUAGAAAUGUAUUGCCCUCCAAAUCACAAGUUGAGAAAGUUGUUUAUUUUGAUGUGCUAUUUUAAAAAAAAAUAUAUCUUUUUCGAAACAAAAUGAAUAAAAUAACAGGAACAACGCAACAAAUUAGGUUUGUUUUCUAUAACUGUGUUACUCUGAUGCAGGAAAAUAUCAAGUUGGGAUGCGUCAACUUUGAUUGUUAGUAUCCUAAACAAGAGAACAACUAAACAAUGAAUAUUACUUCAAAACCAUGAAUGCAGUGCGUGAGCUGGGACAGACUUUCAUGGCAAUGGUUUAUGACUACCGUAAUAGUUUAGACCCCAAUAAAAAAGUUAUUCUGCUACUUUUUAUUACUAUUAUUGAAAUAAUGCAUUCUAGGAAACAGAAAUCCCAAAACAACUAUUUGCAUGCAAAUGAGAUGUUUUGAGCACAUUUGUCCCCAAAUCACCCCAAAAAAAAAAAAAAGCCAUUUUAAAUUAGCCAAAUGCUGUUAAAUUAUCAAUGACAGCCAGUGGUGGUGGUUUGUGUUCCUUUUUCUUUACAUGUUGUUUCCCAUAAAUCUACUUAAAACAUUU